UCUUUUCAUAUCCCAGAGAAAGAGGGGCUACAUAUAACACAAAAAAUUACGUACAUUUUUUGUGUUGAAGAUACUUAAAAAUUGAUGAGAAAAUGGCUAAAUUGUUUGGUAUUUUUGUCUGCUUGUUGAUUGUGGCCUUAGACUCCAUUGCUGGCAUUCUUGGAAUCAAAGCAGAAGCAGCUCAAAACCAGGAAAAACAUCUUCGAUUGUGGUUAUUCGAAUGUAAAGAGCCAAGCCAUGAUGCAUUUGUACUUGGUGUGGCUGCAGCAUGUCUUCUUGCAAUUGCUCAUGUUCUUGCUAACCUUCUUGGUGGCUGCAGUGUUUGUGCUACUGAUGACAUUAAGAAAGCAUCACCAAGUAGACAACUAUCAAUGGCUUGUCUUGUUUUCACAUGGAUCAUAAUGGCAAUAGGAAUGGGACUACUGGUUAUAGGGACAAUGGCAAACAACAAGUCAAGAGCUUCCUGUGGGUUUUCACAUCACCAUUUUUUCUCAAUUGGUGGAAUCUUGUGUUUCAUCCAUGCCAUCUUUGCUGCUGCCUAUUAUUCUACUGCCUCAAUGCUACUUGCCCCAUAGUCCAAAUUAGGAGUGACAAUUAACGGGUUCGAUAAAAUAUCUGAUCCAUCCAUAUUCAACACAGAUAAAAAAAAAAAUGAUACCUUUAUUUAGAUUUCGAAUUUAUGCAUGCUUAUCGAUCUACCUAGAUCUUUGUUUUAUUUAUUUUUUGUUAAUUGGGCCUGUAAUGUAAUGAAGAUGUUUUGGUACUAUGAUUGUGUUGUAGACAAUAUUAUUGAUAGUCCAUGUUCUUGU